UGUCAGCCGUGGCGCUCGUAGUAAACAGUCUACAUGUGAAAUGUAGUCAGUCGUUACCUACCGUUAGUUUAGUUUGUUUGCCGUGCACAGUUUGUCCACCAACAUGGAGCACUUAUAAACGUAACGUCCUUGUUUAAAAUUGGAGCUGGCGCGUCUCCAGUCAGGAUGAAUUUUGGUUCCAAAAGCAAGAAGCGGAUGGUGCUGCCAUCCAGACCGGAUCCGCCGACCGUGGAGCAGAUCAUGGAGGACGUGAACCGAGCCUGUCCUAGUGAUCCGGUGUUCACCGUUUCACACGAUUCUGCCGAAGAUCUGAAAGCCAAUUCCAAUAGCAGUGAAGUGGAGAAGAGAUACCUGCAGAGCAGACGCUACAUAGAGCUACAUGAGCGAUUGCAAGAGGAACGCGGCAGUCUCACGCGGCGGAGAGACGAGCUGCGUGCGGCCGGGGAGUCUCUAGAGCACAGUGUGAUGGAGGUCAAGAGGAGCGCUCUGUGACAACUCGCUCUGUAGCUUUUGAAUUUGAGAUUUGCUCAUUCUGCUGAUGAUUGAGCAUAACACCUAAUUUCAAUGGAAGAGCCUUGCUAAGCUGCUGGUAGCAUUUAAGUUCAGUGUCAUCGUACAAUGUGCCACUUGGACACUUUUGACAUUUUCAAUUUAUGUUUGUGAUAUUCCUGACUGAUUUGUUUUAUGAUAAAUCUACUUGCUCAAUGUUAAUGUGUUGUGUGUGUUUGAUAAGUGCAGUUCAUUCCAUAAGUUGUCCAGUUUUAAUGCAUUUAUCAUUUUUUGAUGUACAGUAAUUACAAUUUCACAAUCCAAGCUUUUUUGAUUUUACUGAUGAUUGUAAUAGUUCAGGGUUAUGGUACAACCUUUUAAAUAUAUUGGCUUUACAUAUAUUCAUCACUGUGACACAGCAGUAAAGAUAAAUAGCCUGUUUAAGGGACUAAUUACCUAAAUGCAAAAAUUUUACAUUAUAAAGAUCUCACAGCUUUUUUGCAUUGGUUGUCAAGCUGUGGUCCAUAAUUGGCUGGUAAAAGACUCAAAUCAGUAGCACUGAGUCUGAAUAAAAAACUGAAUUAACUGAU